AUGGAGAGAAUCGAUGUGCACGCGCACUGCGUGCCACCUUCAUAUCGUGAAUAUUGUCUGCAGAACGACUUUGCGGGAAAAGGGCAUCCAGAUGGAAUGCCCGCAAUCCCAGAAUGGAAUGCGGCAGCCCACAUCGAACUGAUGAAACCCCUUAACAUCAAGAAAUCAGUACUGAGCAUGUCAUCGCCAGCAACCCAUCUAACACCCGGAGACGAUCAAGAAGGACGAUCAGUCACCCGUCGCGCCAACAAUGACAUGUCUCAAAUCUGCGCCGAUCAUCCAGAUCGAUUCCUGUUUCUCGCAUCCCUGCCACUGCCGGAUGUCGAGGGCUCCCUUGCAGAAAUCGACUAUGCACUAGAUCAUCUUGGCGCAGUGGGAUUCCAAAUCCUCACCAACUCCCAUGGCGUAUAUCCAGGUGAUGCACGCUUCAAUCGCGUGUUUGACAAAUUGAGCGAGCGCAAGACCAUCGUUUUCUUCCAUCCGACAACGUGCCAUAUCCAAGAAAACACCUCAUUGACGAAGGUCACGCCUCUACCCGGCGUGCCAGCGCCAGUCAUGGAAUUCAUGUUUGAUUCAACUCGGGCGCUGAUGAGCCUGCUCACUUCUGGAACUGUUGAGCGGUGCCCCGGAAUUAAAUUUUUGGCGUGUCAUUGCGGUGCGACUUUCCCUCCGAUCAUGGAGAGGAUCGCUGAGUUCUCGCCCAUCCUUCUCGGUCCCGGAAAUGGUAUCAGUGGGGAGAAGAUCAAGCAGCUUCUCCAGUCGCGGUUCUAUUUUGAUCUUGCCGGUGUUCCGUUUCCGGAUCAAAUUCAUGGUCUUCUUCGGCUGGUUGACUCGUCUAGGUUGCUUUAUGGAAGUGACUACCCGUAUACCCCUGCAGCGCUAGCUGGAUCGCUAGCACAGAGAAUGGAUAGCGGGUUAGAAGCUCACUUUGGAUCGGAAACAGCACAAGCGAUCUUGCUGGAGAAUGCCAGAACCAUGCUUGGUGAACCCCGAGUAUAG